AUGCCACCUGGCCGAAAACGGAAGUUCUGCACUGAGGUGGUGAAAGGGGACCUGAGGACACUCGGCGUGGAUAAGCAGAGAACAAAAAGAUGCGAUGAGAUCCGUGACCUCCGUGACGUCACGAAAAGUGUCAAUCAACAGUUAAAGUGCACCAUGGCUUGCGCUCUUCAAAAAGGUGUUAUUCAAUGCCUCCAGAUAGUGUCAGCAAAGGUUUUCGACGACGCUUUCGACAGAGAUCCUUGCUCGCUAGACCCCAAAUGUAUUCCGCAGGACCGAUACAGUGACAAAGUUAAUCGCAUAGCUUAUGAAAUGGCAUGCGAGAAUGAGUUGUGUGGAUUUAUCGGCGAUGGGAUUCAUAAGCUGAAUCCCAUUGCUACAGCAAACAGAACGGAAGAAGGGCAGACAGCCAUCCGCGCAGCAAGAGGAACAUUCCCAGAGGCCGAACUAGAAGGAAGUGCUUUCCACUUCGCGCAAGCAUGGAACCGCAUGGCCAAGGAACUGGGAUUAAAGGCAUCACCCCACGAAUCUGAGAAUGCGCAUGCGUCAAAAUCUCUGCUCAAGAGAGGAGAGAUGCGCCGGCAGAAAAUUGACGAUGCAAUGGAGAGUUUCAAAGAAAAAUGGAAGUCCCGUAGUGACAUAUCCACAAUAGCGAUAACCACUUUCUGCCAAAGAAUGGCAAGAUUUGUGACUGAAAAAACCAUGACAUGCUUGAUUUAA